AUGGCUCGUCUCCUCCCGGCAGGCUCAUGUCCUGCAGCUGCGAAGCCGCUCAACUCAUACGCCGCUCACCCUUCCACCAUUGAACAAAACUCUCCCACUCAGAGGGUCAUCAAUUCACAAGCAAACACAGACCUUGCACGAGCUUCGUCGUUCGAUCUCUGGUGUCAACAAACCUUACACCCAGCCUCAAAGCCGCCUAAAUCGCCUGUCUCCCGGACCACUGCCUACGACCCGUUUUUCAUUCCUCGUCACAUUUUAUUCAACUCUACCAACACCCAGCCACAGCCACAAUGUAAACUACUGCAACUUCCACAAGAAAUUUUGACCCACAUCUUUCAGUCCGUCAAAAUCCCUUAUUUUCAAGUCUGUCUUGCUCUCACAUGCAAGUCUCUGGGUCGAGUUGCCACUGGCAAAAACGCCAUGGCUCCAUGGCGGGGCUAUCGAGACAAAGAUGGCCUGUUCCGCCUGCUUGAGAGAAAUCACUACAUCCCUCCAACCCUGCGACUUUGUCGAGGUUGCUUCACUUUUGUUCCCCGGAGCGAGGAUUACUGGAUCGUGGUAUUGACGUCCCCCGAAUACGAUGCUAAGGACAUCAGUUGGUGUGACAUUUUCAAUUUCUUUCAGUUUCAGGGUCAUACUAGUUCCCAGCAUCGUUGUCCCCGGUGUGUUGCCCGAAAGCACUUUGUCUACUUCAGCCAGGCCAAGUACGAGUUGGACAGACGCAUCAGAUCACAAGGUGAUUUCAAUGACGAGUGUUUUGCAGUAUGUCCUGAACUGGACAGAAGGAUCGAUAAGCCUUGAAUACAGGUUGCCUUUGAUUCUUCUAUCGGGAACUGGCCAAUACGUCACUCACAGGAUGACCAUGACCCACCGUCCAACGACUUCCAUAACCGAAAGGAACAUCCAUUGAGUUGUAUCAAGCGCCUGAACACUAAGACAUCGACCUUGAGAUCAUACCGUCAGCCUCGAGGUACGUCAGAGUACCGAGGCUUCGGUGCUGAAACAUUGACGAUCCUCGACCGAAUCCAACCCUUGCUCAC